CUUUUUGUCUUUAUUUUAGUACCACGACGAACAAGCAAACUACCAUGCCAGUCCAACUACUUUGUUGGAAGGGAUGCUGUCGUAGAUCAGAUCAAGGAAAAGUUGACAACAAAUUCAUCGCGCAUGAUUAUUAUCGUCGCUCUACCUGGCAUGGGCAAGACAGAGGUUGCAAUUCAUGUCGGACACUUGUUACAAAAAGAACACCGGCCUGUUGUGUACGUCAAGGAGAAAAAACUCAUGGAGAUCUGCGAAGAAAUUCUCUAUCAGGUAGAUCAUCGACACUGGACAUUAAACGAAGAUGUGAUUUCACACUGCAAGCGAAAGCUAUCGGAGCUCGAAGACGACACGAUAGUCAUUCUUGACAACACAGAAGAUGCACAAAAAGAAAAAGGGUUCUAUGACUUUUUUGAACACAUGGUGAAGUCGGCGCCAAGGAUUCGAACAAUCAUAACAACACAGUGUGACAUCAUUAUCAACAGCCUCAUUUCAGCCAGCAUUCAUAAGAUUCGCCUCGAUCCUUUAGAUUCUUCCUCAUCUUCUAAACUAUUGAUGCAAAUAGCACCACGAAUUUCAAAAGCUAUUGCUGAAGAGAUUGGCAAGUUGUGCGACGGGAUACCCUUAUUUCUUAGCUGCAGUGGGUCAAUGAUGGCUGAUGGCUUCUGCCCCGAAGUUUUUGCCCGAGAGCUGAGAAAAAACCCCGUGAGAGUUAUACGCGAUAGCGAACAUCUAAACCUGAUUCAUACCAACAUUGACCGCUUUUUACGUCUUUUGCCUGAACAGGUGUUGAGGAAUCUAGUCCGCCUUUCCGUAUUCCCAAAGAGUUUUUCUGUGAAAGACAUCCAGUUUUUGUUCGAGGAUGAUUUUGAAGAGGAAGCUGUGAAGACAAAAAUGAUUCGGUACUGUUUGCUUGAAAAGUUGAAUGAUGGGAAAAUUUUUACUAUUCAUCCACUCGUUAGGACCUGUUGCAAAGCGGAACGAAAAACCUUGGGCAUGGUUAAUGAAGGGCGCUCCGCAGAGACGGCUUUCAAUCAUCACUACCUCAAGAUUCUGAAAGAUCUUCACAAUCUGUUUCUUACAAAAGAUUCUUCUUUAGAGGCCAUUCGAAGGUUCAGGGAAGACAAACAAAAUAUCAUGGAAGCAUUUGAGAACUGUCUAUGUGACUCUAGUGAGCCCAAAGAAAAAAUUUUUGCUGUUGAUGUUGCUAAUGAAGUCGUGGACUUCUUAGCUAAAGUGUUAUCACCACCUAUGGAAUGUACCCUUUUGUACCAAAAGUGCUGUGAGAUCGCUAGGGACUCCGUAGGUGACGGUAAGAGACUUGCAUACAGCUUAAAUUCCCUUGGUUUUCGUUGUCUAGAUGACGCAGAUCACUGCAAAGGCGACGGUGCGGAGCAUGCUGGUAAGAAGUUUGAAGAAGCUUGCUCAAUAUUCAGAGGAUUGUCAAAAGAGUCUCACAAAUGCGAGAAAUACGCUCACGUCACCACCAAAAAUGGGUUAUGUGUCUUACUCCAGGUGAGAGAGUUUUGUUUUUGUUUGUCCUUCUGCAUCCGGUGGAUUGCUUUUUUCAUGAGACAUGAAGCGCUUGCGUUAAGCCGGCAGGAUUAGAGACCGAGUGUAGCCUGAGAAAACAGUCGACAUUCCGCGACGCCAACACUGGUUUCCCGGCGAAAUGACGUCUGAGAAACGAGCACAGAAAUUCCAUACUGAGGACGCGUCACUACCAAGAUAUGGGUAGUGCUUCUGAUUGGAUGAACCAAAUUUUCAACCAACCAGAAACACUACCCAGAUCUGUAUAGUGACGCGUCAUGAGAAUGGAAUUUCUUCACUCGUUUCUAAGACGUCAGUUCGCGAGGAAACCAGUGGUGGAGGGUCUAAAUGGGGUGAGGGCUUUUACGGUUAUCGGCUAAAAUUUUGGCUCUUUUACGGCUAUCGGUUAAUUUUUUUCAGUUACGGUUAACGAAAAAGUUAAAAAUUAACUGCUUUUGUUUCAAAAAGUUAAAUAUUAAUUAACCUGUAUUUUUUUGUAUUUUUAAAUCAAAAUAAAGGUCUUCCGAUCAUCUCGGGAUGAAAUAAGCUAUUCUUUUGAAAAAUUUUUACAUUUGAUAGAUCAUACUUUUAAUAGAGUAUUCCACUUCUAAUAUUAUUUACACAUAGAAAUGUCAAUAGUCAAUCUAAAAAUGAUCUUUGUGAAAAAGCAAAAGCAGACAAGCGAGCGCCCAACUCAAGGCCCGGGCGACAUUCAUUAUAACAGAAAUGGCCUUUUUCACACUAGAGAAGGGCUAUUCGUGUGAGACGGGCUAUUUGUUUGAUGAUUCACGUCAGAUGGGUAAUGUACGUCUUAAUUUGAAAAUGGAAUAGUUUAAUUUUGAGUGAACAAUCCGCCUGACUUUUAAAGACGGGAUUAUCCGUUCCAGGUUGCCUGUGUACAGCCGUCCCCUCCCCUCAGAAAAAAAUCGGAGAAGGGGUGUCUGUGGGGAGGGCGCGACUGUACACAGGCUUGUCUCGGACGGAUGAUCCAUUUCUGGCUCUAGUGUGAAAACGGCCAAAAACAAAAUUCCCGUGUCCAAUGUUUUUAAGGAUAGCGAAUCACUGUACGGAACGUAUGUCUGCCGUUGCCUUGUCCGUAGGCCGCAUUAUUCCGCGCUGCUAAUGCGUUUCGGGUCACGUGGUCCGAGUGAGUUCCCCACCGAAAUGCCUUGGCCGAGACUGCGUGGGAAGACGCCGUACAGGGACUAGGCAUAGCAUUGUCUACCUUAGCGUCAGAGAAAAACAGGGAAAUGUUGUUUAUCGGCAACGUGUUUUACAAACUGUGACGUCUCUGCGUGCUGUUUCACUAGUGUUUCGAGGGCACGACCUCCCGAAAAUUGCAAAUAUUAAUCCCCAGCAAGAAGCCACACUUUCGCUAUGGAAAAAAUUAGUUCCCCGAUAGAGCGCCGGAAAUGGAGCCUAGGUCUUGGUUAAUGCCUGAAAGGCGCUUCGCCUUACGUGCGUACGGAGUCACACUAGUCGGGAAAUAAAAAACACAACCAUAACUGAGUUUAAUACCUUCCUUAAAAGUAGCAAAUCUAAGGAACACUUUCUUACGGUUAACUCUUUUUUACCCUAUUUACGGCUAACGGUUAAAAUUUUUCAAUUUUUACGGCUAUCGGCUAAAUUUUUGGCUGUUUUACGCCUAUCGGUCAACCCCAUUGGGACCCUCGUGGUGGCGUCGCGAAUUGAAAUGUCGGCUUUUUUUGAGGCUAUAGAGAGAAUGCUGUGAAGUAUCAGACGGAUACCGUAGGGUUUUUUUUCGUGGUGGAGCCGCCAAAAGUUGAAAAUAUAUACGAUUGGCCUGGUAAAAGAUGAUUGAAUAAAAUUACUCACGCCGGAUUAAUUUCUGCAUUUGGCCUAAGCUCACUGCCUAUUUCGAGUUUCGAGGAAACACGCGAGGGAGCUGCAGUAGGUAAAGUCGCGAGCGUCUUCUUCACUCUUGUGUCUCCUUUCUCUAGCCCGUGCCAGGCUGUCAGAGCGAAAAUAAGACGCGUGUGAACUGACUGAAAGUGGUGGUGGCGUCUUAACUCUGACCAGCUCCGCGUUUUUCCGCAUCAGUUUUAACGAUUACUAUUUAGGAGCUCAGAACAGGCUACCUUUGGUAUGCAGCCUUUCGUGCAGCAAACUUUGCCUUAGUACUCUUAUAGCAGCAGCAACAACAACGACUUUAUUUGUACCCAACAGUAUAAAAUUAUGAUUAACAAAAUAUAUUAACAAAAAUAUAGAGGAGUUCGGGAUGCCCAAAAUAACCAUAGGAGCUAGAGAAAAAGCCAUACUUAGGUGAUUUAUCUAUAGCUAUUUGGGUCAGAUACCGCAACUGAUCAGCUCUAGUAAUACAGUAUAUGGCAUUUACUCAUAUUAAUUUUGUCGCCUUUCUCUUUAAGGGAGAUGUAGAAGGAGGAAGGAAAUCAAUCCUCGAGGGAAUCAAAAUAAGAGAAGAGUUGGGUGUUCAACUGUAUGUCGCUGCAGGAAACUGUGAUCUUGGACGUGAGAAACUAAAUAAUCGCUUGACACGUCUAUAUAAAUGUCAGUUACUGUAUUUGCUGGUACAAGCGACGCGACUCUUGUUAAGCUCCUCAAAUGCGGCGCUUAUUCGAGUCAAUAUGGUAAUUCGUAGAAUCAUAGAUCGUGAAUCGAAGGUCUCGGCGGUAAGACUGCACAGAGGAAAAAAUGACAAGAGUGCAAGAAUGUAGUUACCCGUAUUCCUUAUUUAUUUUCGAUCGCCUAAGUAUGUCAAUAAAACACGAGGCUCAUUAUGGGCGUUUAACCUAUAGCUGAGAGUUGUUCAAAAUUUCAACUGCCUGCUGAGGUGAAUGGGUACGGUGAUGCCUUGUUUAGGUGUAGCAAGACAUCGUGAAAAAUGUUGCUGAUACUUUCGGAGAUUCGAGCUGCCCAAUACAGUCUCCAUACCGUCAAACAUGGAAGUAAAAGUAUGAGCUCAUUCAGGAUAAGAUACUGAACAAAUUAUUAGAUCUUCAGACGAUUAUGGAAAUAAUGCAAGUAUUACAGUCACAAAAUCUGACAAUGAACAUACAUACCGUAGUCUUGUUACCGGUAUAUAUGCAAGGAUAAUCAGUCGGUUAAGUUAACUGUAUUAACUCCGUAUUAUUUCAUUGCUCUGUUGUACUUUUUUAUAAUCUCUUUGACCCCUAAUAAUUUAACAAUUAAUUUUGCUUUACUCUGUUAAUGUCUAUAGUUAAAGUGUUUUUUUUUUCUGUAGUAUUGUAAAUGUAAUUAUUUAAUGUGAUUAUCAAUAAAUAUAUUGAAAAAAAAAUAAGGGAUAAUCAGUCGGUCAAUGGAAAUUCAGAUCUCAGGAAAAUGACCUAUAGUAAUAUAAAGUAAAUCAUCAUACUGAUAAGCAGGUAUUUUUGAAUAAUUUUUAAUUUCUUUAUAGAUUCUUACCGACAUUGCGGUGACUACAAGAAGGCUCUGGAAAUUUGGCAAACAAAGACGCUGCCGGUUUACCUAGAGCAGCUAGGUAACGCUCAUCCCUGGACGGCUUCAAUCAUUCAGCACAUCGCAUCCAUGUACCUGGAGCUUGCACGAGAGGAUCCAGCGCAGUACGCUGCGCUCGCCGAGACUUACACCCAACAAGCUUUAGAAUUCAGGAGGAAGUUGUUAGGUGUGCAUCAAGACACGGCUCGUUCGCACAUUCGGCUAAGCGAAGUUCUUUGUAUGCAAGCGAAAUUUGAAAUGGCCUUAAAAGAACUUGAAGAGGCUUUGGAUAUUCAAAACGACGUCUUGGGUCGUAACCACGAGGUCACCCUCAACACGAUGGAGAAAAAAAGAGAGGUUCUUAAGUUACUACGGAGGCGAACAGGGCAGAUCCACGAUACUGAGGAGACACUGCUAGCACAUAAAUUUGCAAACACACACCUUCCGAACAACUAA